AUAUAUGUAAUUGAGUAUAUACAACUUUGCACACAAGCCCCAAUACCUCUAUCUCUCCGCUUCCAAGAAGAUUUUGAUUUCCAGGUAAGAAGAUGAAUAUGUUCUCCACAAGAUUGUUUUCUGACCAGGAAUUAGAAGAAAAUGGCAUCAUACAACAAUAUGGCAUGAACACAAUAAUGGGAGAGAUCCAUGAAGCUCACCACACGCUUCCACACUCUUUUCCAACUCGUAUGCUAACCACAAAUGAUCCUUCUUAUGAUGAUCUGAUCGAUAUGAAACCAUCAAAGAUCCUCGAGACAACUUACAUAUCACCAAAAUUGCAACCACCACCCUCUUUUCCUCUUCCUCCUUAUUCAAAGCCUCAUUUUCAUCAUCAGCCUUCCUCUAGAAUUCUCUCAUUCGAGAAUGCUACUCAAAAUGUGAUGGAUAAUGAGCUUUCUCCCACCUAUCAAAACUCAAUCUUCAGUCCCAAAGUUGAGGCUGAAGUGCCACCAAACUGGAUGAAUGGGAAAGGGACCAAGAGAGCUCAACCUUUGUAUAAAAGCCAAUCCAAUGCUCAAGAUCACAUAAUCGCAGAAAGAAAACGUAGAGAGAAACUUACUGAAAGAUUUGUAGCUCUUUCUGCUCUAGUUCCUGGUCUGAAAAAGAUGGACAAGGCUUCUGUGUUAGGAGAUGCACAAAAGCAUAUAAAGUAUCUCCAAGAAAAAGUGGGAGAGUUUGAAGAACAAAAGAGAGAAAGAAGAUUAGAAUCAAUGGUUCUUGUGAAGAAGUCUAAGCUGAUUUUGGACGAUAAUAAUCAGUCAACUUCCUCUUCAUGUUGUGAAGAUGACUCCUCAACCUUAGAUCUUCCCGAGAUAGAAGUAAAAUUCUCAGAUAAAGAUGUUCUUAUCAAAAUCCUUUGCGAGAAGCAAAAGGGUCAUGUUGCCAAAAUAAUGGCCGAGGUUGAGAAGUUCCAUUUCUCAAUAACUAACUCAAGUGUUUUACCCUUUGGACCAACACUUGAUAUCACCAUUAUAGCUAAGGUAUGCAUAUUUAUAUAUAUGAAGAAUUUGUUUUUAAUUUUCGAGUAUAACAGCCUAAUUAAUGUAUAUGUCUCUUUACAGAAGGAGAGUGAUUUCGACAUGACACUCAUGGAUGUUGUAAAGAGCUUGAGGUCUGCUUUAUCGAAGUUCAUGUGAUUGUUUCAAAUUUUAUGCUAAACGUCGAUUUCUUUGGGAGAUUUACUUGUAUAAAUUGAUGAAUCACAUAAUUGGUUUUUGCCAAGAAAAUGUUUUUUUUUAUUGACAAGUUUAUUGGAAUAGUUGAAGAAUCACACCUCUCACACACAUCUAUAUAAAAUAGGAUCCUUUCCAAUAUUGAUCGCUGAAUUUAUAAAGAUGUAAAGCACUUUCAUUUGUCUAAAUGAGGUUGAAUUUUAUGUUAAUUUUACUUGUAUCUUACAUACUAUAUCAUUUUUUUAUUUUUUCGACAUCUAUAUUUCAUGUUGUAUAUUGUUUCCUCUUUUGUAUCAUUGUUUUUAAGUGUAUAACAAAUUGCUCAAGUUUGCGUGGCAGUAAUUUUGUAAUGUAUCAGCGAUCUCAAAAUACACACACAUGCAUAAUCUGUAGUUUUUUUUAAAAUAAAUUUUACGGGAGAUAGUCUUCUUCCUUUUUGACUCCAGGAAGCUAUUUUAGAGAGAAAAGAACAACGCGGCAAGCUAAUUAGAUAUGUUCGUUCAUCUUUUAUUCAAGUGUCGAAUUUGGAAAUAUUCUUUAUCCACUUUCCUUUUAUUGAAAUAGAUAAAAUACAAAAGUUAAAAAAAAAAAAAAGAUAAGAUGCAUUAGUCAGUUAUUGAAAAUAAUGCCGGAAUCCAAAACCCC